GUGGCACUUUGUGCUAGGUGCGCGGACCUCGCGAUAAUGUUUGCAGCAGCGAUGCGAACAGUGACGCCAGUUGUAAAGGUUACUUCAUACACGCUUACGGGCCACUUGAAGACGCACUGCAGAGGUAGCGAGGAGAUCAUGAUAAAAAUGUAAUUUUAAAAAAGGACAGAAGGAACGUCAAACUCAGAUUAUGACUUGAUGGUUGGACGAUGACAGAGUUGGGGGGUUCUAAACGAUUCCGUGUCGUCGUUGCCUGUGUGAGUACUCUUUCCCGAUGUGGAAAGUGGCUUGAUGAGUGUCCAAAGUAGCGGCGGCAGCAGUGGAAGUUUGGAGGGACCGCCAUCUUGGUCCCAGUUCUCAUCUCAAGCACCGGGCUUGGUUUCUCAACAAAAUAUCUCUGCACCGGUGAAGGCCAGGGAAGGUGGGAUGGAGGAGCUGCAGUCGCUGGACCCGCGGAGGCAGGAGCUGCUGGAGGCGCGCUUCAUGGGAGCAGCAGGAGGCGGCAGCACAGGGGGGAGCACCGGCAGUGCCAGCCUGGGUGCAAAAGGCUUGGCUAACAAUGAGUGCUCCAAUCACAGCUUUGGCAGUUUGGGCUCAUCCAGCGACAAGGAGUCAGAGAAUUCUGAUAUGAAGAGGGGCGGUUCACCUGCAUAUUCGACUCCUGAAAAGAAGCACUCAGAAACCUCCAGAGGCAGGAAGAGGAAAGCCGACAACCAGUCCGAGAGCAACCAAGGGAAGUCAUCUGCGAGAGGAGGGCCCAAAAUCAGUGACUAUUUUGAUUUUCAGGGGGGAAAUGGCUCUAGUCCAGUGAGAGGUCUUCCCCCAGUACUCCGCUCCCCACUGAACUCACAUUCCCACUCAGCACCUGGCAUCAUUAUCAGACAGAAUAGCUCCUCUCCAACCAGCCUGUGCUCCACGGACCACAUGAUGCACCCCAAACAGCUCAGCAGCAGGAGCAUGCAGACUGAUCUGACUCUGCUGAAGCUGGCCACUCUAGAGAGCAACAAGAAUCAGGACCUGGAGAAGAAGGAGGGGAGGAUAGACGAUCUGCUCAGGGCAAACUGUGACCUCAGGAGACAGAUAGACGAACAGCAGAAGCUUCUGGAAAAGUACAAGGAGCGCCUGAACAAGUGUAUCACCAUGAGUAAGAAGCUGCUCAUCGAGAAGAGCACACAGGAGAAGCAGUCGUGUCGGGAGAAGAGCAUGCAGGACCGGUUGCGUCUAGGUCACUUCACCACCGUCAGACACGGGGCGUCCUACACUGAGCAGUGGACUGAUGGCUAUGCCUUCCAGAACCUCGUCAAGCAGCAGGAGUGGGUGAACCAGCAGAGGGAGGACAUCGAGAGGCAGAGGAAGCUGCUGGCCAAGCGCAAACCCCCCAGCUCCAACCCCUCCCAGAGCCCCUCCCCCUCCAGCGAGGUCAAGCAGAGGAAAACCAAAGCCGUCAACGGAGCUGACAACGACCCCUUCCUCAAACCCACCCUGCCCACGCUGUUGACUCUAGCAGAAUACCACGAGCAAGAAGAGAUCUUCAAACUGAGGCUCGGCCAUCUCAAGAAGGAGGAGGCUGAGAUCCAGGUGGAACUGGAGCGGCUAGAGCGUGUGCGGAACCUCCACAUCCGAGAGUUGAAGAGGAUCAACAAUGAGGACAGCUCCCAGUUCAAAGACCACCCCACUCUGAAUGAGCGCUACCUGCUGCUGCACCUGCUGGGCCGAGGAGGCUUCAGUGAAGUUUACAAGGCGUUUGACCUGUUUGAGCAGCGCUAUGCUGCAGUCAAAAUCCACCAGCUCAACAAGAACUGGAGGGAGGAGAAGAAGGAGAACUAUCACAAACACGCCUGUCGGGAAUACAGGAUCCAUAAGCAGCUGGACCAUCCCAGAAUAGUCAAACUGUACGACUACUUCUCCCUGGAUACAGACACGUUCUGCACGGUUCUUGAGUUCUGCGAGGGGAACGAUCUGGACUUCUACCUGAAGCAGCACAAGCUGAUGUCGGAGAAGGAGGCGCGCUCCAUCGUCAUGCAGAUCGUCAACGCACUUAAGUACCUCAACGAGAUCAAACCACCCAUCAUCCACUAUGACCUCAAGCCAGGUAACAUCCUGCUGGUGGAUGGGACAGCCUGUGGUGAGAUUAAGAUCACAGACUUUGGCCUAUCCAAGAUCAUGGAUGAUGACAACUACGGCGUAGACGGCAUGGACCUAACGUCCCAGGGGGCAGGAACUUACUGGUACUUGCCUCCAGAGUGUUUUGUGGUGGGAAAGGAGCCUCCAAAGAUCUCCAAUAAAGUAGACGUGUGGUCUGUGGGAGUCAUCUUCUUCCAGUGUCUGUAUGGCCGCAAGCCGUUUGGACAUAACCAGUCUCAGCAGGACAUCCUGCAGGAGAACACCAUCCUCAAAGCCACUGAGGUGCAGUUCCCUGUCAAACCCGUCGCCAGCAACGAAGCCAAGGCGUUUAUCCGGCGCUGCCUGGCCUACAGGAAGGAGGAUCGUUUCGACGUGCAGCAGCUCUGCAGCGACUCCUACCUGCUGCCCCACAUGCGACGCUCCAAUUCGUCAGGCAACCUGCAGGCCCAGCCCUCAAACCCUGCCUCGUCGGGCAUCAUCUCGUACUGAGCAGAUACCGGAUUGGCUGAUCGACCUGAUUGACACGUAUUCUGACCACACCCCCCACCCCCAUCCCUGAGAUGUGAUUGGAUGUCCGAGGGAGGAGGAGGAGGAAGGGGGGGAGACCUGUCAAGGACACACCCUCAACCCGCACACUGGCGGUCAUCUAGGUGGUGAUAACCAGGCAUGGCCGCUGAUGAUUUAUUUUUUAUUUUUUUUUCUUCUCCUCUUGUCAAGUUGCACUCUGUUGCUGGAAGAUAUGAUGGGCAGGGGCGUGGAAAACAAAGAUUUGAAAUGUAUUCAGAAAAAAAAGAAUAAUGCUGAAGUAGACUUGGAGAUAUGCCACACCCGCUAGUAGGAGGGACAGUCACGUGUCGGCAUGACUGGAAUGCUAUCGCCAUGGUUACAGCUGCCGUGGCAGCAGUGAGAAGCUUUAAUGCCGGGAUUCUCAGAGGCACUACCGCAUGCGGCUCCCUGAUGAGGUCUGUGUGUGUGUGUGUGUGUGUGUGUGUGUGUGUGUGUGUGUGUGCGCACAAAAGACCUGCAAGUGUGCCAUCCCUGACUGCAGCACUCUGCAGAAUACACAACCUAACCAAAUGUAGGGUAUGGCACACCUGCACAGUGUGUGUGUGUCUGUGUGAGAGAAAGAGAAAGAGAAAGAGAAAGAGUGUCAGAGUGAGUGUUGGUGCAGGACUGUUGAAAUUCUGAUCUCUCUUGAAGUGAAGAGUAUGUCUGUGUUCGUCAGCAGAACUAAACAGUGCAGGACUAACACACCCAUAACUUUUACUUAUUUUUCUUUCUUGAUAUAUUUUUUUUUUAUUGUUCUUUCCAGAGAUGGUUUGAUGUUUUGCUGCUAUUCUAUGUUGCUUUUAAUUUUAAUUCAGAAGCCUUUCAGGCUUCAGGUACAAGCUGUACAGUUUGGUUAAAAAAAAAAAAAAAAGUAAAUGUAAUAAUUUCAAUUACUAUAUCACAGCAUGCAGAGGAGAAAGCUGAAGUGUGUGUGUGUGUGUGUGAGAGAGAGAGAGCGAGAGUGUGUGUGUCUGUGUGUUUGUCUGUCUCUGUGUAUGUCUGUCUUUUUUUUUUUUUGGAGGUGAGUUCUGAUUGGACAACUGGUGGGCCGGACCCCGCCCCAGUACUCGUGUCACCACAGCUUCUACACACUUGGACUUUCUUUCUUCAUGCUCAUGUUGCUAGGCAACCUUUGCCCACCUCCACACCCCCCCCCCCCCCCCCCCCUCUUGCAGCUAGGACUGGAACCAAUGCAGAGGCUGCCUAAACAGUCAGCCACCACACCCCACAAACAAGUGGAAGGACCGAUGAAAGAUGAGUGGAUGAAGGACAAAAAUAGAACCAGUUGUGCGAAUGAAUGAGUGAAUGAAUGAAGUGAUGUGGAUGGAUGAAAGGCUGGGUUGGGCUGGGGAGGGGAGGGAGGGAGGAAUAAAAGGAUGAAUGAAUAAAUUGAUGAGUGGAUGUAUUUCUUCAAAGGGAUAAUGUUCCAAUAGUGUUCCUGGUGAGAGCAUAAGGGGUCUGCCUGUCUUAAGUUUUUUUGUUUUUUUGGUUUUAUGCUCUGGCAGAAGCAGACUCCCCUGUCUUGUUGCCCCCAAGCCCCCCUUCAGAAACAGUCGGACUGUCUAAAAUGCUGCUGGGAUUGUAGAGAAUGUAGCCAAAAAACAGUAAUAAACGUCAAAAAAAAAAAAAGGCAAAACCA